CUAAAAUUUAUCUAAUAGUGUUUUAAAUUCUAGUGGUAAAUCAUUCGUCUUGUAAGGGAGAAGAAAAUUAAAUACACAUCAGCUGACUUCUAACUUUAUUUGAUGGCUUUGCUAAGAAAAUUCUGUUUCUUUCUUCCACUGUGGCUCGGCUGUUAUUUGUUUGCAGUUUUUCAAAUCGCAAGCAAUUUAUGGAGGAUUCACAAAUGCAAAGAGAUAUUAGAUCAAUUGGGACCGGAGGAAAAUGAAGACGACGAAAACAUUGAACAGAGGACCAGAGUACUAAUAAUUAAUAUACUCCGUGUUGUUUCGGAUGCAGUUGCCAUUGUGGUCUCUAUUGGAGUUAUUUACGCUACGAUUAAGAAAGUCUCCAUAGUUCUAAAGGUAGCUGGAGUGUUUGUGGCCAUACUACAUUCCUUUCAGUUUAUCGUCUAUGGAUUACCAUAUAGUGGGGAGAGGUGGCCAUGGUUCUAUGAACUACUACUUUUAGUAAUCCUCCUGUACUUCGCCGCAGUAUGGUACAGCUAUGGGGAAUUCAUUGAGACCAACCAACAGGUAACGCACCCUCUUGGGGGUGGAAAUGAAAACACGACACCGAUGAACCAGCCUGAGGGAGGAAGAAAUCCUGGCCAAGGUCCUUCAACAAUUCCCUCAGCACCUCCUUUAAACACCCCUCUGCUGCCUUCGAACACACAAAUGCCUACGCCGAACCAGACUUCUGUGUAGUCUAACAAGAACUAGUA